ACGGUGUUCGCGAGUGCUCGGCACAAAACGCCCGCGCGCGGUUCAAGUUCUGAGGCGAUCGAUCGCGGAUGGAUCAAUCAAAUCCGUGUCCCAUACGAGCGACAGGAACACGAACGGAGAGGCGGCUUUCUAGGCUAGGCUAAGGAGCUCCUUAGGCGGACGUGUGCUGUUUGGAAACGGUGCGAGCGAGCGAGCGAGUGUAGAUCACGCGGAAUCUGUGAUCCGCGCAAGAGGCAACCGGAAUGCCGCGAGGAAAAAUGGAAAAUUGAAAUCUCGGCUCGAAACUAGUUUCACUAUCACACGGUGCGGUGUGGUGUGGUGCGUGCAUUCAGUGAAGAAGAAAACAGAUUGAUGUACGGUGAGGGAAAAUAGUGCAGUUUUCGAUUCCGAAGAAGAUGUGAUAAUGGCUUGUGUAUGGUAGCUAGUGGAAACAGAAAACCGCGGAAUUUCUCAUCGUCAGCCGAACUCGCAACGCAACGUGCGUUCGUACGGCAUGAGUGAAUGUGCUAAUCGAGUGAACAAGCUUGUGCAAACUAAUACACACAACACAAACAUUCCGGAGAGAUACAGAAAUUUGUAAGCCGAAAAAAAAGCAUCAAAACAACGUCACAGAUCGUGCGGUGCUCCUCCUGCUAGUGCUGAAUCAUCGCGAACGACCUCGGACCUCGGCAGUGGUGUUGUUGUGAAAACACGAUCGUUGCGCCCAACGAUCGUUGCCGGCCCGUCGGAUUCGGAUUCCGCACGCCCCAAACGAUGCUGAAAAAGGAGAAACCAAUGCUGUCGGUAGCGGCGAUCAUUCAGGCGCAGGGACGAUGGGACCGGACGCUGCCGCUGGCCGGGCUGGCAGGUAAUUUCGGAUUCGAUUCUGCCCUCGUUGGACACAUCGGGCCGCUUUCGCCGCCGGACAUGAAACCGGAUCUGAAGCCGGACAUCUCGUUGCUGAACGGCAGCGUGGGACCAUUCUCGCCCGGUAACAACUGCGGCCCAGCAAGUCCCGGUGCAUUCAACCAGCAGGUCUCAGCAGUCCUAACGUCACAGCAGCAACAGCAGCAGCAGCAAAAUAUCAACAGUCAGAACAGUCAAGCGCAACAGCAGAACUCCGGCGGCGGGGGAAAUGGUGGCGGAGGCGGCGGCGGCGGGGGAUCCGCACAGCACUAUCCGCCGAAUCAUCCGCUCAGUGGUUCCAAACAUCUGUGCUCGAUUUGUGGGGAUCGGGCCAGCGGAAAGCACUACGGAGUUUAUAGCUGUGAGGGAUGUAAAGGAUUCUUCAAACGAACGGUGCGGAAAGACCUUUCCUAUGCCUGUCGGGAGGACAAGAACUGCACGAUAGAUAAACGCCAAAGAAACCGCUGCCAGUACUGUCGCUACCAGAAGUGUUUGGCCUGCGGUAUGAAACGGGAAGCCGUCCAGGAGGAACGGCAGCGGAGUUCCAAGUUUUCCAUAAAGAACGAAGAAAUCAACUCGACCAGUUCGGUGCGUGACGUUACGAUCGAGCGAAUCCACGAGGCUGAGUUGCUGAGCGAGCAGAAGAGCGGCGACAAUGCGAUUCCAUACCUGCGGGUCGGGUCCAAUUCGAUGAUACCGCCGGAAUUCAAGAUACCCGUAUCUCACCUCUGUCAGAUGGUAAACAAGCAGAUCUACCAAUUGAUAGACUACGCCCGACGGAUGCCCAACUUCACCAACCUGCAUCGGGACGACCAGGUGAUGCUACUGCGAUGUGGCUGGAACGAGAUGCUUAUCGCUUCCGUAGCCUGGCGGAGUAUGGAGUACAUUGAAACGGAACGGUCGCCCGAUGGAACCCGAGUGAUGAUUCGACAACCGCAGCAGCUGUGCUUGGGCCCCGGUUUCACACUGCACCGAAACAGUGCCCUGCAGGCUGGAGUAGACACACUGUUCGACCGGAUUCUUUGCGAGCUCGGAAUCAAAAUGAAAAGACUUGACGUAACCCGAGCUGAACUUGGAGUUUUGAAGGCUAUCAUCCUGUUCAAUCCCGACAUUCGAGGACUGAAAAGCCAGAAAGAGAUCGACCAGAUGCGGGAGAAAAUCUACUCCUGUCUGGACGAGUACUGUAAACAGCAGCAUCCCGCUGAGGAUGGCCGUUUCGCGCAGCUCCUGCUGAGGUUGCCAGCCCUGCGCUCGAUCAGUCUCAAGUGUCUCGAUCAUCUCAACUUUAUACGGUUGCUCAGUGAUAAGCAUUUGGAUAACUUCAUUAUUGAGAUGCUCGACACACCAAUGUAAAAACAAAAACAAAAACAACAACAAAAAAUAAAAACUGACGUUGCGGACCGAAAAAUGAACACGCAAAAAAAAUCAAACAUUUACGGUAUUCCUCUCCUCAUCACAUUUAUUAUUUUUAUUACUUUACCGGUAGGAUGCGCUUUCUGCGACCCUGUAGAAAGCUUGGAACUUAGGAAUUUUCUCAUUUCAGAAAAAAACAGUACUAUGAAGUUUUAAGAAAAUUGUAGGACUCAGUAACUUAUUAAAUGAUAAAUAUAUUUUAAUAUAUAUUAAAUAUAAAUUAAAGUAAAGAAAUUAAAAAAAUGGUGCAAAUAGAUUUUAUGAAAA